CAAAGUAAUGUUAGAUUUAUUAAAUUGGAAAGAACACUUAAAUAAGUUUUAGGUUAUUUCUUUUGCUUCAAUUUAAAAAUAUAAACAAACAGAAAAAUAAUUUUUUAAGAUUUGCAUAACUAUGUAUAAUUAUCUUUUUUAAUAACGAAAAUGAGUGAUACGUUAGAAAAUAUCAAUCCUAAAUUAUAUAAAAAAAAGGACGAAAGACAAAUUACUGCAGAAGAUGAAGAUGAAGAUAUUGUAGACGAAUUUGAUGCACGCGAAAUAUUUGAUUUGAUUAGGAAUAUUAAUGACCCUGAACAUCCUUUAACACUGGAAGAAUUGAAUGUAGUAGAACAAAGUCUUAUUGAGAUUGAUAAUAAAGCAAACAAAAUUCAUGUAAAAUUUACUCCAACUAUACCACAUUGUAGUAUGGCAACAUUAAUUGGCUUAUCAAUUCGAGUACAAUUAUUAAGAGUUUUACCCCCAAGAUUUAAAGUUAGCGUGGAAAUCACUCCAGGUACACAUAUGUCUGAAGCAGCAAUAAAUAAACAAUUGGCUGAUAAAGAAAGAGUAGCAGCAGCCCUUGAAAACAACCACUUACUUGAAGUGAUUAAUCAAUGUGUUGGUAUAAAAUAAUGUUCAGAAUUAUAACCUCAGAAAAUAAUCUUGCUAUAUAGUUAUAUUUCUAAUUAUAUGUAUAUAAA